UUGCGCCGAGGCGCUCGCAAACGGGCUGCUGUGCCAGUCCGCAGAGCAGAGGAAGAAGCAUGAAUCUAGGGGAUGGUUUAAAGCUUGAAACUGAAAUACUGGAUGGAAAACCUAGGCUGAUAUUGGCUUCUUAUGUGGGCAAGUCCAAACCAAGCGUAAAAAUAUGUAAAAACAAAUUCUUAAAGCAUACAUUGAGAGCAAAACAGAACGGACAUAUUCUGAAAUCAGUGCAAACUUCCUGUGAGAAGAAUGAAAGUUUAACAAAACACAAAACUGGAUCAAGACUUUCUGUAACAAAAGGUGGUAAAAAUUCUGAGACUUCAAUAUUUACUAAGGAUUCACCGAAAGAACCCUGCAAUAAAGAUCAUGCUUUUAUUGUCCAAAAAGACAGCGGAACUGGUAAGCCUGAUAACACCAGAAUUUCAGAUAAGAAACCUUUGGCGUCCAACAAGAAGCUUAAAAAGCAUCCUGUUUCUGUUGAGGAUCUACGGGACAAUUUGGUAUGUUUGACACAACAGCAGCUUGAACAGAUUUUGAUGGCUGUAAAAGAAGGAACCAAAGGAGUCCCCCAGCUUCAGGACGAAAAGAAGGAAAAAACAAUAUCAAAGAAUGCAGAUAGCAACCCACCUGCUGAUCAGACUCCAGAGGAAAACAUAAUGGGAUUACUCCAAAAGGCUGGUGAAGUUCCAUCUGUUCCAAGUGAAACUAGUUACAUUUCAAACAAAAAACAAGGAAAAUCCAAGCAUGUUGAACAGAAAACAAUCACAAAUUCAUGGAAACCAGCUGACAUGUUUAGUAGUCUGGGAGAACGAGAGAGAGAUAAAACCUUGUUGGAUGCUAAGAAGUCCCAAUGGAAGAAGGAACUGGAUGAACAGGUAGCUUUAAAAAAGAAACUCAAAGAAACUUUGGAAACAGAGUCAAAACAUCACCCUUGGCAGAAAACUGAUACAAGGAAAAGCUGCUCAGAAAAAGUGCUAAUGGCUCAUCAAGCUAAGAUGGCAUUUUCAGAUGACUUGAGUGCUGCAUCGGAAGAUAUCCACACUUGUAGAAGUUUAACCAUUGAGGCUAGUGAAGCUUCACCAAGUGUUUCAAGUGGACAAACUGGACAAUUCUCUAGUUUCAGUUCUCCUGACUUACCAGCUGCUAUCCGAACAGCAUUUGUGUUAGGGGAAGCGACACCAGUAGAGCAUCCUUUUAGUGCUGUCAAACGUGAACAACAGAAAAAGUGGCUUGAAGAGCUUGAUAAACAAAAAGAAGCUGACAAACUACGAAAAAUAGAAGAAAAAUGUAAUUUAUCUAAGGGUGAAGAACAUGACAAGUGGACAAUGCAUUUUGAUUCUUUCAGGAAUCAUGUGAACUCUUUUUCGCACUACCCUUUAAAUUCAACAUAUAAAAAACAGCCCGAAGCUUUAUACCUUUCCCUUGAACCUCAGGACCAGACUGCUAUUACACCUACAACUUUAUGCCAACCCACACCUACAGAAGUGGAUAUCUCAGGAAAAGCAAUGGGAAACAGUAUUUCGGAGCCAAAUCAGAAAGCCAGUUUCCUUCGUUCAAUGACUGCCCUUUUGGAUCCUGCUCAAAUUGAGGAAAGAGAGAGGCGACGGCAAAAACAAUUAGAACAUCAGAAAGCCAUAAUGGCUCAAGUGGAAGAAAAACGGCAGAAGAAACAACUUGAAGAGGAACAAAGGAAACAGGAAGAGCAAGAAGAAGAACUCCGGCUUGCAAAAGAACAGGAACUGAUGAAGAAGCAGUUUGAAGAAGAUCUGCUCAAACAAAAGCAAAAAGAGGAAAUUAUGACCCUUAAAACAAAUGAGCUAUACCACACAAUGCAAAAAGCUCAAGAGCUGGCCCAGAGAUUAAAACAAGAACAGCGUAUUAAAGAUCUUGCUCAGAAAGGACAUGAUAUUUCCAAAUUGCAGAAAAAUCUUGGUGGUGGUGAUGUACCAGGUGAGAGUUGCUGUACUAACCUGAACGGUUUUCUGGAUAUCAGUGAACAUCAUGAUCACUGUUCUGGAGAGAAUAGCAAUAUAUUGAAUCACGAUAUCAAAACUAUUCUCUCUCCUCGGAAAGACACUGCUGUGCAGACAGAAAGUAUUAACAUUGAUGCACACACAAAUUCUGAAAUGUGCAAUAAGCAAAUUGGGAAAGGAAGAGUGGGCUGUACAUCUCCAGAUGUUGCUAUAGAAUAUAAAGUAGACUUCAGCAGCAAAAAAUGCAAGAAGGAAACACAUUAUCUAGAUAAAAAGAUUUCAGAAAAAGAGAAUAUUGUGAGUUUCAGUAAUCUAUAUGAACAAUCUGCACAAAAGCAGAAACAAACCAAGGCAUUGGAAAGAAAUGGGAAAAGACCAGACUGGAACAUAAACAAACCUUGCAGAAGGUAUAUUCCAGCAUCAGAAAAGUAUCCGAGACGUCUGCAAAAGCAAAGGGAGGAAAAGAAAGCUCGACGCCAAAUGCAGUUGCUUCAGUUGGUUGAAAGAAACAGCCCUGGAAAUCUCAGUCAAAAGAAAGGCAUUUCUCCCGAUAGAUCCCCCUCCCCUCAUCAUGAAGAUGAUGUUAAAAAUAAGGAAGAAACCUCUGUAAAAAACGGUUCACUUGAACAAAGAUCUGACUCACCGCCUGUUCCAGCAGUUAAAAACAAAUUACAGCAACAAAUAAAGACUCCUGAUUUCCCAGCUCAUAAUAGCAAUGAUGGAAGAGAGAAAAGUACAUAUACAGAUAAGCAUCAGAAUGAAAGACCUCCUCCAAGUGCUGAAACUGAACGGCCGCCUUCAUGUCACUUUGUUCCCUAUGUGCGAACGAAUGAAGUGUAUUACCUGGAUCCAGAUGCACCCAUGACUAGACCCUCGACGCACGAUCCACAAUAUGAACAGUUGAAUGAUGUUUACUAUACGCCACGGCAGAUUUUUAGCUCCGAUCAUGUAAGGGAUCCGCUUUUUAAUCCUAAUGUGGUGAGAGACAGGCAGCAGGCCAUACUCAAAGGACUUUCAGAACUACGACAGGGCCUCCUCCAGAAACAGAAAGAAUUGGAGACCUGUCUUAUUCCAAGCAACAUAAGUCAAGAAGAAAACUUUAUUUCACCAUUUUAAGAAUUCCAAUUUUUUUUGCUGUGUUGGCACUUUAUAUUUACUACUGAAAUUGUGGACUAAGUCUGUAGAAUGUGGAUUUUUGUUCAAUUUGAGGAUGCUUGAAUAACUGAUUAUGUAUUUUGUAUGUUUAGGUUAAAUUUCCAGUAAUGGAAGAACAUAUUUAGCUGGAAACAGUGCUAUAGCAUGUGGUUUGUUUACAUGGAAUAUUUGUAUAACUAAUUUAAACGUUAUGUAUAUUCUUAGCAUGAGGAAUAAAGUAUUGGGCAUUUGAAUGUCAUGGCUGUU